AUGGAGGAUGUGAUAAUAGCACGAAUCCCCGAUGCUGCUACUUACAACUUGAAGAACUUACUGACCUGGUUAGAGAAAUUGAAGCAACUGAGUCCUCUAGAGGCCCAAGUCACACGAACAGUACUCAGUAAAUGUGAGGGAUCGAACGAAACAGAAAUCAUCAUUGAUUUUAUGUUCAGUUUCAUGAUCAUUUUAAGUACAAAUGAACAUUUACAAGACAGUCCCUUGGCAGAUAUAGACCUUUACCUUGAACUCCUCAGUCUGACCAAUAUCGAUACUUUGGAUACAAAAUACUACCUGAAAGAGACAGAUAGAGACUUCUUAUGCGAGGUGGAAGUUUCAAAGAAAGAGGCCCUACACCAGAAGUAUAAUGCUAUUGCAGAGGCAGUGCAAGAAUUGGGUUUCAUGGUACCUUCUUUCGAUGAGUAUUUCCAUAUGAGUAAGGUGAUCAAGUCUCGAGUGUUGGAAAUUCCUCACCCGGUUGAAGAGAAUGAGCAGGACUUUGUUGUAAAUACUGCAUUGGUGCCAUUACUUGAUUUUGCUAAUCACCAGGAAAAGUCCAAUGCGUUCUUCGAUGUUGAUAAAGCUACCGGAGAUGUGGUUCUUAAAUACCUGGCCCCACCAGGCCUUCACGAAGUGUGCAUCCAAUACUCUGACGUGAAUUACGUUCAACAGUUUGUAACGUUGUAUUCCUUCAUUCCUAGAGGAAAGGUGGAAGUGUUUGAAAUAAAAGUUGAUAGUGACAAAAUCAAUGAGUGUAUUAAUAAAGUGCAAAAUACUCAAAACGUCAGAUACGACUUAAUUAUGAAAUGGCUUGAAAUUCUCCCUACUGUUCAGUUUAUAAUAAUUGAUGAUAGAGUCGGUAUCAACCACAACCACAAUCCCAUACCGUUCUGGGCUAUUUUCUCAGACAAAUUCAAGUAUGUUGGAUGGAAGGGAAAGGUCAAUAUCCACUCUGUAAAUGAUCCGGAUGUGCUUGUCUCUGGGUCGUCAGAUGAGAGUAUAGAGCAUAUGAUUGAAUUUCAAGAAGAACGGUGUGACGUGAUUCAAGGGUUUGAAAAAGUGGCUGUUGAGCCUCCCCAAAUAAAUGCAGAGAAUGAAGAGGCUGCUAAAGAAAAGUUUACUGUAUUUAUAAAAAUGGUGUGCAGAGACUUGUGCAACACAGCAGAUAAAAUAGGGUUAACAAAAGAGUAUCUUGAGUACAAAAACCGGUUAUUCGAGAAAGUUCUUCAGAUGGAUGAUUUUAACAUACAAUAUGUGCCGGUCAUAGAUCUGUGGUAUCAGCCCAACGUCAUCUAUAACUUUAUCUAAAUCCAUUGGAUACUCCGGCUGCGAAAAUCGGUCUUCGCUAGUG